ACCCGAGUACACGUCGAACGACGGACCGGACGGCCAGCCGCGACCAGACAUGGCUCAAAAUCGGCCGGUUUCCAACCCAAAACCCGGUCAAAACCCACUCCUCACAAAUGUGAACCAAAGCUCGCUUUUCGAGGAGAUCGCCCUCAACCCGAUCCUCGUACCGGCGAGCACUCUUCAAGAUCGACCAGAUGCUGCUAAAACAAGCAAUGUGCAGGAAACAGUUGGUGGAGGUGGCAUUACAAAACCUGACCUAUUAAGUCAAGAAUUUACGGAUAUACCACUUGCGGGUGGAAAUCAGCCACAACCACCUGCUCCGAUCGGACCUCCUCCUAUGAUAGGCUUCUCUCGGGUCCAGAACCUUUCUAGGUAUCCUACUAACACAACAUCUCUUUUUAAUACCAUUCCCAACAGUACGACGAUGUUUUCACCUUUCCCUGUGGAAAAAACAGUAAAUGCCACUAUUUUUGUACCGCCAGUUUCUCAGAUUGGCCCGACAAGUUGCAGUCCUCUUUUUCAAGCACAGCAAGAUGACCAUAGUCCUAAAACUCAAUAUUCUUGUUCAUCUUCUAAUUCCCCAGAUAACAUUUCAAAUCCUCAAGUAUUAAAUCCUGUAUUGCCAACAGGAACAUUAUCUUCUUCAAGUUCUUCUAUGUUCAAGCCUGUACAAAAUUCUUCAACUGGGGCAAGUGUUCAGCCGAUGAGUGGGCUGUCUAUGCCUCUUCCACCUCCAAGUAACACCCAUCCUUAUAAUAAAACUCCUUGUUCUUCAAGUUUGCCAUAUCCUUCUUUUCAGAAGAGGGCUCCUUCUGUUUUGCAACCCAAUCUGGGUCCUAAUGCUCCUAGACUGUUUCACCCACAACCAGUCAGCUCAGUUUUCCCUUCAGAUCAUGUGCCGGAAGCAGUUGAUUCACCUGGUGCAGCAGGUUUAAUUACAAACACUGCAUUAUUUCCACCUCCAUCCACUCCCCCUAGCUUCACACCAUCUUCUACCCCAGAAGUAACUCCAAAUGUUUCUGACACCACAGAAACACCGAAAACAGAAAAUCCUUCAGCUAGUGCACAGGGUCCCCCUACUCUAAUACCAGAUGGUGUAUCAAAUUUUCCUACAUUAGGUGGUGAUUUUCAAGCAUCUCUUACAAAUACUCAAGUGAAGCAAGAACAAUCUACUGCAACUGCAGUCUCUGAACCUGGAGCCCAUUCAGGCUCAACCCCAAUGCAAAAUGCUUCAUCUCUUUUCCAACAGCUACAACCUUCCACUGAUGUCAGCAGCACUGCUGGUUUUUUCUCACAGAUACCCCAGAGUUCAUCUUCUCAACAGCACUGUGACAAUUCAACGUCUAAGCCAGCUGAAGUGUCUUCUAGUGCUCAGCUGUAUUUUCAAUCAGUACCAAAUAUGGUUAAUUACCCUGAACAGGCACCUCCAGCUUCAUCUAUGCCCUUAGUAAAUGCUUUGUUAACAUCUCCCUCUCCAGAUGAUGCAAAAUGGGCAUCAUCCAGUGAUGCUAGUACAUUUCCACCACCCUCUACUCCCUCAACCUUUCCAACAUCCUCUACCUUCCCACCAUCUGCGUUUUCAUCAUCUUAUACAUCCUCAACAUUUCCUCCUUCAUCUAUGCCUACAUUUCCAAUAUCAUCUUCUCCUUCAAUUUUUCCAUCUCCAUCUGCACCCUCUACCUUGCCACCAUCAACUUAUCCUUCUACCCUUCCAAAAUCAUCUACAUUUCCACCUUCAUUUACACCCUCUAACUUUCCACCAACAUCUUCUCCCUCUACUCUUCCACCAGCAUCUUCUCCCUCUACUCUUCCACCAGCAUCUUCUCCCUCUACUCUUCCACCAUCAUCUACAACCUCUACCUCCUCACUACCUUCUACCAAUUUUACCUUUUCACCAUUUUCUUCUCCUUCUACUGUUCCACCACCUUCUAUUCCAUAUAAAGUUCUACCUUCAUCUAUUGCCCCUGCUUACCUACUGCCUUCUACAUUUCCACCAUCUUCUACAUCCUCAAACUUUCCACCACCUAGUACCAUCCCAUUGCCCCACCUCCCUUCUUCCUUUUCUCUACCUUCGAAAACUUCAUUUCCACCAUCUUUACCCACUGUGUCAAAUAUGUAUGGUUCAACUGAGCCUAUCCAAUCUGCUGUUGAAGCUGUCAGUUCACCUCAGCUUUCUUCUUUACCAUCAUAUAACAGUUGUUUUCCAUCUUCUUCAGUGGCAGCAUCAAGUGCUCCUUUUCUCCCAUCUACAUUCACAUCUUCAGUACCAUUGUUUGGUAUAGGUCAAACUGUCAAAUCUUCAGAAGCAAUUUCAAAUGGCCUCACCGCUCUACCGACAAUAUCUAAUGUGACUCAUUCUUUUCCUCCCAGCCCUAUCGCAACAAGCACUAAUCUCCCUACAUCAGUUAUGUCAAGUAAUCUAACCUCAAUCAGUCCUCAGUCUACGACGCCGUCUACUCAGGAAUAUUCCCAGAUAACACAGCCAGACAUUCACGUACCGUCUUUUAUGAGUGUUCCUCCUUCCUCAACCACUUCUCGACCACCUCUGCUUCAACCUUACCCUCCCCCUUUACAGACAUUUUCUGCGCCACCAAAGGAUAAAAAUUCUUCACUUUUAACUCCACUGCAAUAUAACAAAUUCGAACUUAACUCACAAGAAAAUAAUGCAACUGAAACAGAUUCAAAAGAACAAAGUGAGACUGUUGAUGAAGAUGAAUUAGAGCAAAUUCCGUUGGAAGAUACUGUCCCAUUUUACAAUCCUGCAUCUUUAAACAUUCAUAAAGCACUACCAAAAGAAGAAAUUGGUAAUACAUUUCGACUUAAGAGUGGCCUGAAAAGGCCGACAUAUGCUCCAGUCCCUGACUUGGAAAUUGCACACCAGAAAGUCGAGCCAAUGACUCAGGCCGCUCAAUCAGGUGAGGAAACCGGCAAAAACACCUCGGCCAAAAUUGAACCGAUGCUGUCUGAGAAACUGAACUCUCCAGAAUUAGUAAGACCAUCGAGUGAUUCGCGUCACUCAUCCACUUCAGAAACAGUUACACUUAGUGCAGUGGGAGCGGAACAAAUGUACAAUCCACCCUAUCAUCAUUGGUUUUUUAAGAAAGGCGGUGAAUCUAAAGCACACUGGCAGCCGUUUUCUAGGAUUGAUUCAUUAAAUUUAGAACAAGCGUUUUUAUCCAAUAUCACACAAGAAACCACUGUUUCUACCGACGGUGGUAGAUAUGAUGUCGAGGUACUACAAAGGAGGAAAAAAGCAGUUUAUUGGGAAGAGCCGGUUGGCGAGGUAAGGAGGUGUUCGUGGUUCGUCAAAACACCCAUAGACGGAAGGUACAUCCCUUAUGACGAGAACAUAGCCGAAUUAAUUGAGGGCGAGUAUAGAGAAGGAUGUCUGAAGAACGAGUGGAACAGGCGGGUCGAACUAGCCGAUGGGGAAGUCAUCAUUUUACACUCGCCUAAUGCCAUGGCCCAUCAUCAACGUUCCUCCUCACCCGACACCUGGGGAAACGCUCCGCCAAUGCAGCAAAAGCCGAAGAUUGUCAAAAGAGGUCUGGAUGACAUCGAAAUAGCAGAAGGUGAGCCGGAGCAGGUUGAUCAUCUUCUACUCGUCGUUCAUGGUAUAGGAAAAGGGUGCGAUUUGCGCUUCAGAACAUUGGUCCCAGUUGUUGACGAUUUUCGGGCGAUAUCUCUCCAGCUGGUCCAGUCACAUUUCAAAACGGCUUCUAAUUGCGGAAAUGUCGGAAGAAUCGAAAUCCUGCCGGUGGAGUGGCACAGGGCUUUGCACACUGAAGUGAUCGACCAACGUCUGGCCGGUAUCACUUUGCCCAGUAUACCAAAGGCGAGAGAGUUUACAAAUGAGACCCUCCUUGACAUAUUAUUUUAUACGAGUCCUGUAUUUUGUGAAAAAAUUGUCCAAGCAGUCGGUGCUGAACUGAACAGAGUGUAUAACCUUUAUCUUCAAAGAAACCCCAACUUCAAGGGCGGCGUUUCAAUCAGCGGACAUUCCCUCGGCUCGCUCAUACUUUUUGACAUGCUCAGCAAUCAAAGAACAACCGUUCCCACCCCAGUAUCGCAGCAGUCGGCGAUACCAGAAGACGAGGACAUGCCUGAAUUGGGUUGUUUAAAAACAAAAGCCAAGGUCAGCAGAAGAAUGAGUUACCUAACGAUCGGAUCCACCGGUGCUGGCCAGCCUUACAUAGUGUAUCCCCAGCUGCAUUUUCAACCUCAAGUAUUCAUUGCAUUUGGUUCGCCAAUUGGGAUGUUUGUCACCGUGAGGGGCAUUGAGUCGCUUGGCAAGGAUUUCAAGUUUCCGACCUGCCAAAGAUUUUUCAACAUCUUUCACCCCAACGACCCGGUAGCGUACAGAAUAGAGCCGUUGAUAAGCCCCGAAAUGUCCGGUAUACCAGCCGUGAUGAUUCCUCAUCACAAAGGGAGGAAGAGGAUGCAUUUAGAGCUGAAAGAGACGAUGGCACACGUGACGGCCGCUUUGAAACAGAAACUCAUGGAUUCUGUAAGAUCGACUUGGAAUACAGUCUAUCAACUAGCAAUGUUCCAGCGGCCUGAUUCUUCCCUUCAACAUGAAGUCGACAAGGUUCUUCAGGAUGAGGUUCUCCGAGGUGGAGAUGUCUCUUCUCCGACUGGUUCCUUCCAGUUGUCCUUGACCGAUGAGCAAGGUUUGGAACUUAGAGUCGGCUCUUUGAACGGUGGAAACCGAAUCGACUACGUACUCCAAGAAGCGCCUCUUGAGACCUUCAACCAGUAUAUAUCCGCAGUCAGAAGUCAUGUCGUAUACUGGGAGUCGGAAGAUACAGUGUUGAUGGUGUUAAAAGAGAUAUACAAGACUAUGGGGAUUUCUGCAGACGUGCAGUUGCCGCAACAGAUCCUACCGUUUGACAUUAGUUCAGACGACAACUCAGAAUAUACGGAUAAUGUGAAUUUUUCACAAAACCAAUUUUCGCAAAAAUAAGCUGUUUUUCUUUUUUCAAUAGUAAAUUAAUUUUGAAAUUAUAUAUUGUUG